AUGGCAGGGAAAGAGGAAACAACACCUGGGAUUACUGGGUUUGAGAAGUUAAAUAACUGUACUCCAUGCUCUGAAACAGAGAGGACAACUGUCGCCAUCAAAUAUUGUGUGGACUGUACAACAUAUGUUUGCCAGGAAUGUUUAAAUGACCACAACAAGUUUGCAGCAUUACGCAAACAUCAGAUUGUGGAAAUCACUGAAGCUAAUGAGCUUCUAGGUGACACGGAUCAAGUCCAGGGAAAAAGAUCAGUGGAAUGUAGAAGUCAUGAUGAACAUUUCAUUGACAGAUAUUGCAAAGGCCAUGAUGAAGUGUGCUGUAGUCUUUGUGUGGCAGUUAAACACAGGUCAUGCAAAGACAUAAACAAGAUAGAAACAGUUGCAGAGGGAAUUAAAGAAAGUCAAGAACUUUGCGAAUUAAAAUCUUCCUUGGAACAUUUCAUUACGUCUGCAGAUCAAGAAAAAGCAUAUCGAAAUUACUACUUAAAAGAUAUGACAUUUGAGAAACAAGAAAUCUUGGCUGAUAUUGAUAAAUAUGAAGAAAGGCUAAUGCAAAGGAUAAGAGUUGUAGCAAAUACAUCCAGAGAAAAUAUUCUAAAAGCUCAUGCAAAACAUCAAGAUGCAGUCAAGGCUGAUAUCAAAGAACUAGACACAGUUAUGUCAGAAGUGACAAAAAGAAUCAACCAUUUUAACGGAGCAGGCAUAAAUGGAGUUGAGGCCUUCAUAACAAUGAAGAAUUGCCAAAUAUUUUCAAAAGAGGCGCAGAAAGUUAAGACAGAUCUUUCUAAUAAUUGGCUGAAGACAUCCCUUUUAUACACGUUUGUUGAUGAAGUCAUACCUAAAGACAUCACAGCAUUUUUGGAAGUUGCUGUGGAAACAAAGGCAAGUCCUGCUUUUCAUCUACAACUCAAACAAUCUGUUGAUAUCACAUGUCAAACGGACAGUAACAAGUGCAGUAUAAAUGAAAUAUGUCAACUGCCUGACAGUACUGUGGUAAUCACAGAUGCCAAUAAUUCCAAGCUUAAACGAUUACGAGAUAAUUUAGAGGUGAAAGAUUAUAUUGAUUUAGAUGAUACCCCAGAAUGUAUGUGUGUUACAAAACCACAUGAGAUUGCCAUUGUACUUAGGGAAAGAAACCUGGUUCAGUUUGUAACAAUUGAUGAAGUCAUGACUUUAGAUACAUCAUUUCCUAUAGAAGAAGGAAAAUGCACCAGUAUUGAUUCUGAUCAUUCAGAAAAUAUCGUGUAUGUGUGUUGUAUGGUUGAAUGUGAAAAGCCUUUAUAUAAACACGCACACAAAUAUCAUGUUAUUGUUUACAAUAAAAAAGGGGAAUGUUUAUCAAUAUUUAACAAUGACGAAGAUAUGAGUAAAACAUUUGUUGGGCCAUUGAAGAUACUUAUCAGUGUAGAUACCUUUGAUUUAAUUGAUGCAACUGCUGUCGCUUAUACAUUUAGUAAGACAGAUAUUAAACAGAAACCAUCUAUUAAAUACUAUCACUAUAUUAGAGGAAGUUGCAUGUAUAAGUAUCUAUGUAUGCUGUCUGCAGAGAAGAUGAUAUUUGUAAACAAGAAUGGAGAAAUGUUUCUGAACAUAUUACAUGAGAUACAGCAUCAAACACUAAGAAUAAAAGAUCUUCCACCUGCGCAAGCUGUACUUUUCAACAAGCAGAAAUCUACACUAAUUGUUGUAGGAGAGUCAAGUCAAAUCAAUGAAUACAAAAUGGACUCAAAGACACUUUAUCUUUUCAAAUAA